AUGGAAGCGCCUAAUCAAGCUGCAACACCACCCUCUUCCAGACCAAGCCCAUCAGUUCUCAAGCAAAAUAUCUCUAAUCAGAGCUCUCCCAAUCCAGAAACCUCCCAAAAUGGACCAGGUUCCAGCAUAUUACCAGUGGCAGGUAGCCCAUAUGCCAGUGUCUAUCACUCAGUCAACAAAGGGGACAUAGAGUUUCAAGGAUUUUCUGCCGAUCGGACUUUUGUUCAAGGAAUUAAGCAACAAUUAGGAUAUUGGGGAGAUGAUCUGAUGCACAUGCAGACUAGACUCCCUAUCAUCUCAGUUCCUGGUCUAUUUGACACAUCCAGCCGAGCGCCAGUGGAGGUCAAGCUCCCUCCCAAACCCAUUGCAAUAAAAUUAGUCGAAGCGGCUCUUGACGGACAGAUACUAUUCUCGAUUAUUCACCGUCCAUCAUUCGAUUCUUUGUUCAACUUGGUUUAUUCGCUUACCGAAUCCGAUUACAGUAUCCACGAGCGCCGAUUUCUGCCUCUCCUUUACGCUGUUCUUGCCUAUGGAUGUCUCUUCGCUGACGUAGAUGUGGUGGAUCGGCUAGAUGCUACAAAUUCAUCUGGGACUCAAUACUAUGAAAAAAGCCGACAGCUACAAAACAUCGCCGAAUGCAAAGACUUGAUUUCAUUGCAAGCUGUGGUUUUCAAGAUUCUCUUUCUUCUGGUCUCAUCUCGAGUGUUCACAUGCUACACCUACAUAAACACCGCUCUGUCUCUCCUGAUACGGAUGGGAUUGCAUCGCAGCUUUACAAACUCGCAGGAUUUCAUAUCGCGAGAAACUGCCAAACGAGUAUUCUGGGCACUUUGGGUAAUAGCAAAUGAUACCUCCAUUAUCUGCGGCUUGCCGAUGCUUCUUAACUCCGACCUGAUUGAUCAGGAAAGCCCAGUGGAAGUGAAUGACGUUUACAUUGAGCAAGAUAGAAUCAGUCAACCUCUGGGCAGCGAAUUCUGCUAUGUUGCCGCGGCAAAUACGUAUCGAAGACUUCAAAUAGUUCUCCAAGAUGUAACGCAUCAUAUCUACUCUGAAAACUGCGUCGUUGAAGGCCAGGAAGUUGGCACCAUGAGUCAUGCAGUUAGCGUGGAAACGUUAAAGGGACUUGAGAACGACUUGAAAUGCUGGGUUCUCGGACUCACGGACUACUUGAAAUUUGGAAAUCAUUUUGAUAAUCGCCAAAUUCUCACGUAA